AUGGAAUUGGAGAGGUCUAAGAAAAUAAAAUAUUCAAAACCACGUGAGCUUUCACCGCCGCCACCCGUAUUAACCCUUGACGAAUUGGAAGAACGAUUGACAGAUACUGACGAACGUCAGCCAUCAACAUCGGGAAUUAGAAAGGAAGGUGCAACAAAAGAGGUAGAGAGGGAUGAUAAAUCUGCCAAUGGAGAAAAUAUUGUAAAAUCAGACGAGAAACUUGGCGGCGCUAUUUCAAUAUACAAAUCAUCCACUGAUUCAAAAGAAAUUAGCGGAACAGAGAAGACAAUAGAAUGUGAUGCGAGGCGAGAUGAUAAGGUUUUGUCCGAAACAAAGAAGGAAGAGGGUGUGGAAAAUGUCACGUCCGCUAGUAUUCUUGUAGAUAAUAUUUAUCUUGCUCCAACAACAUUUGCAUCCAGUUCACUUCUCAACAGCAAAGAAGCAACAAAAGCAAAUGACGCAACUAUCUAUCCAAAUAAUCAACUGAAUGAAAUGAAGGAAGCGGCUUCCCGGAAGAUCAGUGAAUUGUCACCGUUAAUUUGUACUUCGGGACGAGUACAAGAACACGAUAUAACUGACAUGGGACAAUCAAUGCCUCUGUUGUCAGAAACUCAGUAUAAGAAUAAGGCUAUGGGUGAACGCAUAGCUAAUGCUCAUCUAUCUUUUUUGUUGGAAUGCAAUGAAUACGGAUUGCUGACGGAAAAUCAGUUAUUAGCAUUUUACCAAAACGAACUAUAUGAAACCGUGGAAGAGUUUGUAGAUGAAUUUUUAGAACAUGAAGAAUUUCCACAACAUAGUUUGCAUGAAUAUUUGGAACGAUAUAAAAUAGUAUGUGAACAUAUCGAUGCUAAAGAAAUUGAAGCUAUGGAUUGUGAACAACUAGUGAAAGAAUGUGCCCAAGCAUCAUGGACAGCUGAAAAUCGAGUUAUCAAGCAAGAAGGACGAUGCGGAGAACAGAAAUAUGCAACAGGUAGUUCAAAUUAUUUAAUUGCAACGUUUCAUCCCGAGAAAGCUACAGAAUUGUCCCGCUUAUUGAAGCGUGAUGUAUCUACCCGCCUUGAUUCGUCGUUAAGUUUACAAAUUCAGAUGCGUUCUCUUGCAUUACAAAUUCAAUGGCGUAUUGUUGAGUACAACAAUAUCUUUAUGGUGGAACAUCGUUGCAAUAUAGAUAGUCCACCGUGCUGUCAGUUUUUUCUUCCUGGUAGUGCUGAUACUGUAAGCAGGCGAAACCUUCGUAAUGCACUUUCGGAUUUGUUCCACUAUUUACGUUAUCCAAAUCUUCCUUCACGGUUCAUAUCUGCCGUUUCUGGGUGGAUCAGUGAAUUGGUAGCUGUUCUUCUGAAAGCAUGUACUUCUUCUGACCAGCAGUAUUUGUUAUGUCAAGUACUUCGUCUAGUUUCACCAGUAUCCCAGUGGGCAGCACCAUUACUUCAAUCAUAUAUCGAAAUUGACAGCAUGAAUGAUCGUCUUAUUAUUGAUAAUUAUAUAGUAAUGAUGAGUUUGCUGCUUUCAUCAAUACGGGGCCGUGAAAAUUUUUUGCGACGCAUAAUGAAUGUUGAAAAUGGAAACAAUGCAUGGGUUGUUAUAAAUGACGAUGGAGCGGAGAAAGAUGGAUCUGUAAUAACCAUAAGUGAAACUGAUUUGAUUGCAUUUCUCAAUCAAUUCAAUGCUGAAGCUGCUUUUGCUAAAGCAGUUCGAUGUUUUGCUAUCACUCUAAGAUCGGAUCCAAUUAAUCAGGCUUUAACUUUGGUUGCUUUUGAAUUGGUGCUCAUAAAAAUAUUUAACGAUGGCUUGUACACCUAUGGCACACCCAAUUAUCGUCAAUUUUGUAAACAAAUUGGCUAUGCGUUACGCCAAAGUGUCAUAUGUUCAGCAGAAUUUCUGAAAGUUAUCAAAGAUAUGUUAUCAACUGCUGAAGCAGAAAUAGUGCAGAAAGAAUUUGAUCGCAUUGUUCUACAUGCCGUGUAUUAUAUCGUCAGCAAGCAGAACCUUGGCCUUUUGCAAUUUGUAGUAGAUUUGCCAUAUAAUUUUGCAAGUGAAGCAUGUCGAAUGCGUUGUCAAAUAUUGUUGAAGCGAAAAAUGGCGGUAACAGUAGCGCAACUAUACGAGUUUCCAGAAGAAGAUUUGCCUAAUUUAGUUGACAAAGCUGGCAAUUUAUUUGACAAAUUACCGGAUUUGCCCAGUGACGAUCGCAUUUAUAUGAUUUCGGCUUUAGCAUCCAUCAUUUCUGCAUCGGAUUCAUAUGUUGAUUCAUUUACCAUUGAAAUACUGAAUGUGUGCUUCCUUGAUGUUUCUAUGCGUGAUCAUUUUUACAAAGUUGGUGCUGAAACGAUUGGAAUUCUCAUCGAUAAGCAUCCAUAUAUCCUCCAGAAGAUAUUACUUUUUGUUGAUCGAAAUCUCGAUUCCCUAGAAGAAUAUGCAGUAGAAGUACUGUCAGUAGCACCUUUGUCAAAAUGUCGCUUGUCGGUAGAUGAUGUCGGCAUAAUAUGUGGAAAAUGGUUGAUCAACAGGCCAGCAAAUCAUCCUGCGCGUGUGCUUGGUUCUAUGAAUUGGGGGACAGAUGAAAAUGGAAAGCUUUGGUUGCAGCCUGAAGUACAUAUUGUUUGUGCUGAUACCUUAAUUAAAGGGCAUAUGGCCCAGUGUAAAACAACUAAUGGAUUAAUUUCGAAAUCUUGGAAUAAAGUCGCCAAACUGGCGGCGAAAGUACCUGAUUAUGAACAUCAAUUUGAUGCUUUCUGUUGGGAUAUUUUAGUACGAUUGAAAUUACCGCUGCAGGCAGAUACUGUAAAUAUCCAGUCAGUCAACGAUCUUGUUUCUUUCUUCGUUUUCGUUAUCCAGCGAUCAUUAUUAAGUGUCGAUGAAUUUUUAUCAUCAGGCUUAUCAUUAUGGUCGGAGCUUAUUACAUCUGGUUGUUAUGUUGGAUCAGUAGUAAUCCUUGCACGACUUAUAUCAUCAUUUCCGGAUGCAGUCACUACCUUAAUUUCACAUGAAAUCUUCAUACAGUGUCUUGAUCGAUUACUUCUGUGUGAUUUGUCGUCUUAUGCAGUUCAGUUUAUUGCUGGUGCCAAUAAAUUUCCUGGUCCAACCAUUCGACUUUUAAGCUCAGCUAUUACAUACCAUAUGAAUAAGGAUUUUUCGCAAGUAAAAUUGAGCAGUUGGAUACAAUUGUUGUGCUGCAAAAGACCUACUCAGUGGAACACCGAUAAAUCUACGCUUUACCUAUUAGGAACAUUGGUCCGUAUAGCAUUUACAAAGGAUCAAAUAAAGCUAUUAGGUAUUCCGGAAUUGCUUAAAACCAACUAUGCUGCAUUGCUACAGCAGUGGAAAGAUGGAUCAAAGAGUGUGCUAUCGUGGUUUACAAGUGAUGAUAGCGUUCCUCCUAUUAUUGAUUCCGCAAAUAUGAAUGUUUCACCAUGGGCAUCGUUUGCACUGUUAUUAGCUGAACAACAGAGCCAUGAAGCCUUUUAUGAAACUUUAUACCAAACAAUGAGUAAGCAUCCAAAAAAUAGUUUGGACCAGUCCGUAAAGAAGGCGGCAUCCAAAUCUCAUUUGAAUAUUCCAAUUGAACGAUUACACUUUAAUCGAUGGUUACAAUUUGCAUGCAGUGAUAAUAUCAAAGAACACCCGAUUUUUCCUCUUAUUCUACAGAAUUUGGCAAUUCAUUUAUAUUCACGUAAAAUAUAUUGGGCGACAAAAUUUUGCUUCGGCGAGAAGUAUUUAACGAGUUUGUCCAGUAAAUCUUUGUUUGAAGAAUUACGAGAAAAGAUUUUACCUCAAAUGGAGCAUAGCAGUGAAAAGGGUAUCUCUCUAUUUUAUAAGGCAUUUGCUCAAUGGCUGUCAAAUCCAAAAAUCUGCAGUAUAUCAUUUCAUGCUUUUAACGAUUUUUUACUAGAUCAUUUAUUACAGUUUAUUGUUGCGAAUGAUUUCCAUCCUUGGUUGGAAUAUAUAAAUGUAAGUAAAAUGCGGCAGAAAAUCAGUGACGAACAGAAGCUGUAUAUAUUUGCAUGUCAUCUUGGUUCACUUGUGGUCAACCGUCCAGUAAUCCAGACUCGUAACCUUACACAGCUGAUAGCUCAAUUCAGCAAACGCAAUCAAGCAUUGCCUUAUCCAGUAAUACCGUUGCAUUCCACAUUGCCGCAAGAAAUUCCUUUCGAUUUGUCUAUUGCGUCUGAUUGUUUUACACCAUAUGCUUCAAAUUUAAAAGCAAUCAACGAAUCUGCUAGGGUGUUUGUUGGUGCAAAAGAUCAGAUAGAAUUGCUGGAUGACGAGUACGUCGGUUACUAUCCGGAUCUGUAUACUAAAUCAACAUCUGAAUUAGUCAUCAUGUUGAAAUGUGGCACUGCUUUCGGUAGCAAAUGUGCUAAUCCUACAACAUCUACUGUAAUCGUUACAGUCAGUCGAUAUCAGACGUCUGUGGAAACUAAAAUGAAGGUUAAUCGUCAGAAAAGAUCCGAUGAAUUAGCAAACAUCUUUUCUAAAUUGUUUGAGCAAACAUCACUUCAUUGUGCUAAUUUGGAAAAUAUAGUGAUUAAAAUGCAUAAUUAUAUGAAAGAUGCUGACUCUCUGUCUACAGUGCAUGCAAAACUUUUACGUGAUGCAGGUCGAAUAUUGUUUUAUCAUUCUACUUCUUCCAUCACAUCGUUGGAAAUGAUUUUCCCGGCAGCAGCAGAUUCGUUUGGAUUCGUUCUAGCCAAACUUGGAAAAGCAUUUAUUGUUGAUAACCCACACGAACAGCACAAUUUAAUGCGCGUUAUUCUAAGUGGUUCUCAUUUAGCUCAUCUUCUAACGCCAUAUUUUACUCCUCAGUGUGUCCCACCAGCGGAAUUACUUGAUUUAUAUACAUCUUUAAGUAAAGCGACCCGUGAUCCAGUCACAUCAUCAACUGCAUUAGCUUUAUUAUCACAACUGGAUAUUAAGAAUGCUGGUGAUAGAUUACCACCUUAUCAAUUCUCACAACUUAUGCCUGCCGCAUUCGAAAAUCUGAUUUCAAUAUCAAAUACCUCUCUGCCUCUAUAUGAUGUUUGCGCAAAACAUUUUAUCCACUCCGUAUUUCAUCGAUUUCCGAGCAAUUUUAUUGAUGGCUUAAGGCUUUCACUUGCUGCAUGCGAUACAAAAAGUACGCCAGCUUUCAUAUUUGAUGAAAUUAUCAAAAAACUUGGUGCAGAUAACGUGAGCAUAAAGGAUACUAAACCAGAGUAUAUUAUUGAUGCUGUAACUGCGUCUGUUGCAAGUAAAACAAUUGCUGUACAAUUCAGAAAAUCUAGAACUGAAUUAUCUACGAGACUUUACAAUGUUUGGGCUAAUUAUCUACCAAAAGUGUUACAUUUGGUUAACUUUUUUCUAUACAAUGCCGCAUCUUUAUCAUUUGAUUCUGAACAGCCUACUGGAAAACUUGAAUCAGAAUUACGACAAGUAUUCGAAAGUUGCAUACAAGUGUUUGGUCCACUUCUAGAACAAUUUGGUCCUGGUCUUCCACCAUGGAAUCCAGCUGAUGCUGAUUGUGCUGCUGUUGUUCUUGAUUAUUUUGUAUUGUUAAUGGAACAACUUCAUCUAUUAUAUGAUAUGUACUUUCCACCCGGUUCUGAAAACUUAAUAACACUGUUUUGGCGUUACUACGCUGAGAAAUUGGCAUUUUUUACACAUGGCGGUUCUCACGUGCAUCAAAUUAUUGAAAGUCGUUUUAUUAACAUUCCUUGGCACUUAUUUUGGCCAAGUUUAUAUGAUCUCUCUUCAAUGGAUAAAAUUAUGAUUGAUGGCGCACCUGAAAGUGCACCUCUUAUUACUCAAAUUGUUGUUCGUAUUCCAUGGCUUCCUCUCAUGCAAUACCAAGCACAACAACCCUUAGAUGCACAUCGUGCUUUUUAUUCUUUAUUAUUUUCACUAUUGGCAAGUUGUAUCAGCCGACCAUCCAAUUAUACAGUUAGUCACUUUUCCAAGAUUUGCCGCGCUUCGUUGCCAAAAUUGAUGAACUCAUUGGGACCAUUUUCUUGGCAUUUAAUUGAUGUGGAACAACUUAAUGUUAUAUCAUCUCGUAUUGCAUCAAAUUUUUCAUCAACAGUCCUGGCUGAUCCAAACGAUGUUACGAAUGCUUUUUUCGAGUUGCACCGUCGCGUUUGCUUUCUUGGGACAUUUCCGGUUGAUGUUGUUUCGGCUGCAGAAAUCGCUCAGAAGCAAUCCUUUUAUGUUCGUACUCAACUUGCCUUAAUGCUUGGAUACUCAGACGAUUGGGCAUGGCUGAGACGAUUUUAUGAAGACCAAAUCAAAAUUGUUCAUAAUAUCAUUUCAUCAACAGGACUAACGUCGGAAAAUCACACAUAUCUGACACGUGAAUUGACAUCAUUCUGGUCUGAUAUAUCAAAUAAUAAAUUCCUGGAAGUUUUUUCAUCAACUUUGUUGCAAUGGUUGGAGAAAAAUUCUAAUUCUUCAGUUGUUUUAUUACUAAUGAAUACUGCCGUAACUUCGUUAAAAGUAAAGCAGAGUUCGGCAGGUCUUCAAAUUAUCGAGAAAUGUAUUAUAACUUAUUUUGAAAAAAUGGGCUUGUGCGAAUGGAAUGUUGUACUAAAAUGGACUGCAUUACCUGACUAUUGCGGGCGAAUUCUUUUCACUUUACCUAGUUCUGACAAUAACUUAUUCUUUUUGCCAUUGUGCGCAAAUACAUUUAUAAUGAAACAACUUAUGUUGCUGACAUCAAUGAAUGAGCUGGAAAUGGCAUCAUUGCAACAAGAAAACGCGUUGUUGCGAACAUUGCUGGAUUAUGUAACAACCAUAAAACCAAGAUAUGUGACCAAUGAAGCGGCAUUUCUACUUUUGAUGGAGAAAUUGCAAAAAUUAUUACUGCGACAAUAUAAGUAUUCUGUGGUACAAGGCAAUCAGUUCCUAAUGCAGUAUUUGGAAUGGCUUGAACGAGUGUACACUGAUGAUAAGUCAAACUCGUUUUUUUCCUUGAUUGGCUUUUCAAAAAAGCAACCUUAUUCCAUCAAAAUGCGCUACAUAUGCCAUUUGAUGAAUUUGUAUAUAUCACAGCAAAGAAUAACUCCAAAUCAGCCACCACGAAGUACUGCCAAUACUCCGGUGCUCAACUGUCGUAUGCAAUCAUUCAAGGAAUUAUGCGCAAACAAGCAGUAUAUUCCAUUCCAGGCAACUUCUCAGCUGGCUCAACCUUAUUUUAUUCAGGUCCAGGUUUACCAUAUCUCACAUACGAGUGAAUUGUUUGCGCAUGUUGUUCGAUCGUUAUACAAUGAAAAAUACUUGGAAGAAAUGCUUGCUAAUGCCACAAAUUCCUACUAA